UGCCGGAGAAGGGUCACAUGGAGGGUUUCGUUUCUCCGCGCGCAUGCGCAUUAGAGUUUUAAUUAAAAUUGAAGUUAUCAUGAUGUGAGCGCCAUUGCUAGCAUCUAGGAUAAUUUUUCGUUGUUUUAUAGUGUUUUAAUUGAAGCUGUUUGGAUAUAAAUCCAUCGAAACGGCUUCUAGAAAGGGAAGCUAAAUGGACAGUACGUCCAUUAUUACACAAGCUAGCAGGGAAGAGGAACAACUUACAAGUUUUCCUCCCGAAAGAGCUUUAACGUCUGUGAAAAAACCCAGACAUAAAGGCUUCCUCAAUACUCUACUCUGUUGCUUUGGUGCAAAAUCGAAGAGACCAAACCCACCAAUCCAUGCUGAAAGUAACCAAGACGUAAAAUCUAGCACUAGAUCAUCUAAGGGCUUCCUUCCUCAAGAUAAACACCUUCUUCCGCAGGUCAAACAUCAAGAUGCUCACAAGAUGUGCCUCGUCAUCGACCUUGAUGAAACUCUUGUUCAUAGUUCAUUUAAGCCAAUUAGUAAUGCUGAUUUCAUAGUUCCUGUGGAAAUUGAUGGAGUUAUUCAUCAGGUUUAUGUUCUUAAGAGGCCUUACGUAGAUGAAUUUUUGCAAAAAAUGGGAGAAAUGUACGAAUGCAUUCUAUUUACAGCUAGCCUUGCUAAAUAUGCUGAUCCAGUUGCUGAUCUCUUAGACAAAUGGGGUGUAUUUCGUUCACGGUUAUUUAGGGAAUCUUGUGUUUUUUAUCGAGGAAAUUAUGUAAAGGAUCUUGGUAGGUUAGGUCGUGAUCUGCAUAAAGUAAUCAUAGUAGAUAAUUCUCCUGCUUCCUAUAUCUUCCAUCCAGAUAAUGCAGUGCCUGUGAAUUCAUGGUUCGAUGAUAUGUCAGACACAGAACUGCGGGACUUGAUCCCUUUCUUUGAGCAGCUUAGCAAAAUGGAUGAUGUCUACUCUGUUUUGCGCAACUCAAACCAUGCAGCGGGCUCGCAUCCACACCCGAACACUCUAAAUAGUUCACAUUUCAUUACGCCUCCUUUACAGCAUAUGAAUGGAUUGAUGCAACCAUCUUAGCACUUGUUCUAUAUCAAAGGAGUGAUUUAAAGUGGUGAUAAAUAUAUGAAAUUCAAAUAAAAGGGUCUUUGGCCGACCAAAUUUGCCGUGGCAACUCAAUAUUUCUCUUGGGAUUGACAAGCCUAGUUUUAUCAUUCAAAACGUAAUGUUUUUAAGGAGGAUGAUGAUUAGUUUUUUUAAAUUUUUUUUCAAGAUAAUUAUGUAGGUGAGCAACUUUUUAGCCUUUGAUUCAUGUGUUUAUUGUUUCAAUAUUUUAAGGUUCGACUUUCGUUUCAUUGCAUGAUUUUUAUUUAUAAACUUCAACUUUAUAUUGUUUUAGAAAUAUCUUCUUAUUUUUUAUUGUUGCUGUCUAUUUAGAGUCUAACGCAUUUUAAUUAUUAUUUUUUAAACUCCUAAGUUUACAUAAUUGUAUGUUGUUUAUUUGUAGCUUGAUUCUUAUUAGUAAUUUCUCGGGAAUGGAAUUAGUUAAUAAGCCUCUUGCUAUUAUUGAAUAUCACAUAUUGUGCCUUGCUUUUGUCCAGUUUCAUUCCAUUUGAUAUAUCAUUUGUACAUAAAAUAUAAGUCCUGAAAUAAAUGAAAAAAAUUGUUUAAUGCUUUUCUUAUAACCUGGAAGAUAUUUACUAUUUUGUAUUUAUGACAUUUAGAAUGCUGGUUAAAUGAAGAAAAUAGUUAAUCAAUUUGUUUUUAAUCAUUAUUUUUUUUUUUUAAGGAAAACUUUUUAUAUGAGAACGAAUAAGCUUUUUAAAGUGCAACUAUCAGCAGCAGUUUGAAGCUUUUUUAAAGUGCAACUAUCUGCAGCAGAUAAAAGCUUUUUUAAAGUGUAACUAUCUGCUACUUGUUAGUUUUAUUAUGAUACACUUUUUGUAAAGUUGUUGUUUUUAUUUAUCUGCAAUCGUUUUUAAUUGCUUGCUAAGUUCUUCACAUUAAGUGUUUAAGAGCAAACUGAUUAAAAACAUGAGUUUUUCAGUAGUUUCAUGUCUUCCCUUUUGUUAAUACUUGGAGUGAAGAAGUCAUUAAAUGAUUUCUGUUUGUUGCCAUGGUGAUAAAAGCUAUAGGCCUGAGUGAUAUGUAUUGUCAAACAGUGGGGGCCAUCUACCUGCCAUGAAUGCUGCACAUAUAUAGUAUGUGUACACUAUUCAUUUUUUGCUACACUUCUGAAACUGAUAAAUACGAGAAUUGGAGAAGUGUAAAGAAAUCACUUUAAUGAAGUGCAACUCUGCAUAUCAACUUUGUUAUCCCCUUUCAGACCAGUUGUGAUGACUGGUUUCUGUAAUUAAAAAAAACAAGCAAUACCGUAAUUCAAUUGUAGGACUGCCAUUUUUGCUGAUUGAGAAAGGGGAAGUUAAUAGGAUGGGUGGGGUGAAGUAUUUUUUUUCAUCAAAUUUUGUGAGCUUUUAUGUAGAUUUGUUGAUUAUAUGAUAUAUUUGUAUGAUAAAGCUUUCAAAGUAGUCAUUACUAUUAAAAUUGUGUUAUGUGAGUCUUCACACUAUGCUCAAAAAUCAUUAGGGUUUCAAGAUAGCUGGCACAGAUAAUAGUAAUAUAAAAUAAACCCUUUCUUACUCCCAACCCCGUACUGAGUUUGGGGUACAAUCUUUGGUUUUUAUGCACAGAAAACUGGUUUUCUGUGCACAAAUAGAAAUAUUGUUAUUUGAUGAGAAUUUUUUACAAAUUCAUUCAAGUAUCAAAUCAGUUAUGGGUUUAACUGGAUCUUCAAAAUAUCAAUCAGAUUGAACUAAAAAUUACUAGCUGGCUUAGUUCAGAUACAACAUUAUCUGACUCUUUCUUCCUGCUGCUGUUUGUUACAUUUUUCAUUUGAUUUCUAGUUAUGAUUUUGAAUGGAGAAUACAAGUCCCUUUGCUUUAUACAAAUAAAUCACAGCAAAGUUUUUUCUCCUACCGGCAUAAAGCAUCUAAAAUUGUGUGUGUCAAUUUUUCUAUGCUCAAUUACAUUUUGGAGGAUUAGAAAAGAAUAAGAUUUUGUUAAACACUGCCUUGUAGCUUAUAUAUUGAUUUGAUUUUUGUCUAUUUAUGACAUAUUAAUCCAUAAAUUAUGGGAAUAAAAAUUUUUUUUCUCUGCAGAAUCUAUUUUGCUGCAUGGGUUUUUGUCUGAUUUUUGCUCGGUCUCAUUAGAAUGUUUAAAAAAGAAUGAGAAGUUUGCUUUUGUUAAACACAACCUUGUAGCUAGUGUAAAAAUGUUUUAAUUUUAUAAAUUGUAAUCUAGCAGUUUAUGUACAAAUGUUUUUGUACUAAACACGAAGUAAGAUUUUUAUCUGUGCCAGCUGUUUUUUAAUUUGUUACAUGUCCUGAUUUAAAGUCUAAAUUUGACUGUUGCCUUAUUUCUGUGAAUAAUAAAUGUCAAAAGUUUCCUAGUGUUGUACAGUUUUAGUUUUUGCAUAAAUAACUUGUAUCCAUGUGUUUAUAAAAAGUGGACUAAAAGAGCGAAUGACUACUCUGUAUAUAUUUUCAAUUGCAACAUUCGGAAUUUGUAUGAAUUUUCUUAUGAAUGAUAGUUUUGACUUUGAGGUUGCAUAUUAUUUUCUUAUGGUUUUCACAUUUUAUGGUUUUUCUUUGUUUUUUUAAAUACCUAUUGUGCAAUCAUUAUUUUGAUAACUUUGAAAGACAAUAUGAAAAAUAACGUUUAAUUUAUCGUAAACUUAUGUUUUUAUGAUUGGUAAAAACAAAAGCUUAAAAUAGCGCGAAAUUGAAAAUCUAACAACAAUAGAAAAUUGUUAUAUUCAUGCAACUUAUUUAAGUGUAGCUGGCUGUCAGCCAACUUUAAAUAAAAUUCUUCUAAUAGAGGAUAAGGUGCUAUAUUGUUAAAAAAAAAAAUAUCCUGUCCUUUUAAUUAAGGGAAGUUUUUAUCAUCUUCAUGAGAAAACUGCAUACAAGUUGCUGAAUGUGCUUCUUAUUGUUAUGUAUAUAGAUAAAGAGACCAACUUGUUAUAUUGGACUCAUCUGGCUUACUCUAGAUUUUUUUUUUUAGUUUAUUUCUCUUUAAAGGUUGUUUACCACUUAACUGUGGUAUCCAUACCUUUUUAUAUAGAGUGUACAGUGGCCUUAUGAGCUUCUCACCAUUUUGUACAAAAAAUAUAUGUUAACACAAAGCAUAUGUAUGCUCUGAUCAAAAAUACACUAACCUUCUGUUUAUAGCACAUCUCUCUGAUGUGCCCAAUGUUAUAUUAAACUUCUCAAUUGUUUAGCUGAUGUUUUAUGUUAAUUUUUUCUGCCAGGAGACUGUUUUUAUUUGAAAAUCAUGGAUUCAAAUUCUAAUAAAUAAAUUAAUUUGAUGAGUAAUAACUUAAAGUGAAAUAAUACUAUUCAUUGAUGAACUACAGUAGACUCAAAAGUAGAGUUGUUAAUAAUUUGAAUUAUCCCCACCCUUGGAAAGAUGGAAACUGUUAUAUCACGGUGAUGCAAUAAGAUAGUAGCAAACAGUAAUACAAAAGAGUUUUUUCAUUACUUAGAGCAUGAAUAUUAAAGUAUUCUUCCUGAAAUAACUUUGAGAUAUUUGUUUUGUUAAAUUCGCUCAAUGGAUGAUAAACUUAAAACAGGAGGACAAGCUACAUUUCUUUGUUUUUUUAGUUGCACAACUGAAAAUUCUUAAAAGUGUAUAUUCAUUCAUUUUCGUAUUAAAUUAAUAUAUUCUAUUAUACUAAUAAUUUUAAAUUUUUUAUAAUUUGUAAAACUUUUCAUAAAAUUUGCAUUAAUAAAAUAAAGUAAUUUCUGAGCAUAUUAGUUAAUCAAGAGUCUACUGUAACUUCAUUAUUUAUUUGUCUGAUAAUAUUUUUAAAUAAUAAAUGGUUUUUAUACUUUAUUUUAGAAUAAGCUUCCAACAUUGAAGGAAAUGAAUACUGUGCUGUUCUUGAGUUUUUUUUAAUGUGUUUUGUAAUGCUUUGAAUCAUAAAACUUACCCUUUUAACAUGAAUUUCACUUCUGCCGAUUUUCAUAAGGACAUUUUUGUAAUAAAAAUAAAUAACGUGAUUUUGAGCAAUAUUGAAAUUUUACACUAACAUGUAAUCACAUAGGGUUGUGAAUAUUUAAUUCUAUUGGCACAAUUUACACUCUAAAAGCAAUACUUUUACUUAUUAAUUCAUACUUUGAAAAUUAAAGUUUUUUUUUUCUAGCUUUAUCUUGAUUAGAAUGAUUUAUUAAUCUAGCUGUAUAUGAAUGUUUGUGAUGCAAAUACAUGUUGCCAUUGUAAUGAUUCAGUUUGGAAAAAAAAUUUCAGUAACUAAUAGAAUUUUAAUUGUAAUAUUGGUAAAUUUUUCAGUAAUAUUUAAAUCUGUGAAAUAUCUAUUAAAAUUUUUUAAAUAAGAACUGGGUAACUUUAUGUGAUCAAGAACUUUUUUCGUAAAAUAAUAUUGCAAAUAUCCCUGUGAGUAUGGUGAAUAAUUGUAUUUUUAAGCAUGUUGCUUUCAACAUGGUUUUGUUAUUAAAAUUUACAUUAAAAUUAUAUUUUAAUGAAACUUGGUUGAUAUAUUUUUUUAAUAACAUGAACAUUGUGUUGGGUUGUGUUAGCAUUAUAUUCAACGUCAGCAUAGACUUUUUUACUGUUAAAUUACAAGUAAACAAUUCUAAGUUAUUAAAAAAUAAAAAUUCACAUAUUUAGUAAGUGUUUAACUUUUUUUUUUUUAGCAAACUGGUUAAAUAGCAGGUAUUAUAAACCUAUAUUUGCUUUGUUUUGAUGGCUGUGAUUAUUCAUUCCCUUAGUCUAUAAUACAGAAUAAUGUAAUUCAAAGUAACGAGCUUAAAAAUGGAUCAGUUCUGCUACACGGAGCUUUUGAAAAAUAAAGUAUCCUUUGACCGUGGCCUUUUCAAACUAUCCAUUUCCUAGUUUUCAAGUGGCGUCAUCAUUCUUUUAUCAAUAUUUUAAAUAAUUCUAUUACAAAAAUUCAAUUCUCAAGAAUAAUAAAAUACAAUUAAUGAUUUUUUGCAGAAUCUGGUUUGAUCAUUCUGAUGAAAAUGGACCAAUCAAAUUCUCAAUUUCUAAAUAUAUAUUUCAUAUGAAUUUUUAUUUUGAUGAAAAAGUUAUAUAAUACUGCCAGUUCAGUGUUGGAAUUUUUUUUGGUAUUUAGAUGAAAAGAUUGUUUACAAUGCAGAAUUGUUUGUUUAUAACAAAUAGAGAAGGCUAGAAUAUUUAUACUCUUCAUAUUAAAACCGACAAAACUUUUUGUAUGUGUUUGAACAAUAUUGUCAAAACAUCUUGGAGCGACCUUCAGAAACUCCCAAGUCAGAGAACUGACCCAAUAUCACAAGGGAAAAUAAAAUAUAUUAAAUUAGGUUUGGUACAGCAUUAAAUUUUAUGAACUACUUUUAAAGUUAAUAAUGCAAAAUUAAAUGGGGAAAUGAUAUCAAUAUAUUUAACAAUAAAUGAGAAUACCACUAAUAAUAAAAAUAUAAAGUGUACUAUCUUUAAUUGGGGUGCACAGAAUAACGACCAUAUUUGAUCAUCAAAAGUGAUUAUCCAAAAUAAGAUAAUUUAUUGUUUUGUUCAGCAGUCAAUAACUUAAGCUUUUGAUUGAGUUUUCAAACUAAACUUGUUAAUGCAUGUUAACUGUAAGUAAUUCUAUCACCAAAUGAAAUGUAUUUGAAAAUAAGCUUUUUACUUAAAUUGCAGCAUUACUUAUAUUUGGAAAGAAAUAUAGUAAGACAUACUGAACAAUUUCCAUUGAGAAAUUUGUUUUUUCUUUUAAUACAAAGAAAUUUAAAAUUUAUUUAUGCUUAGUUGAUGCAAUAAAUAAUAAAAUGUGACGAUUUAAGUCGUAUUAAAAAAGAUUUUUUGCUUAAAUUUUUCAUUUGUUAAAUUGAAUUUUUUUGGCAAAUGAAAAAAAGGGAACAGUAAAUUUUAAACUCACUAACAUAAUAAAAUCAUACAAUUCCAAUUAUCUUCUUUAAAAUAUUGAGAUAUACUACAGAUGCAGAUUAACAUGAAAAAAAAAAUACUAUAUAGCAAUAAUAUGUGCCAAAUUUAAUUAAGAACACAUUGUCUUCCAGAACAUAACACGUAAAAAAAGUUUUUCUACCUAUUGGGUGUUUAAUUGAUUUUUUAAUUAUUAAUUUCUGUUGCAAUAUUUCAUGUCAGUAUGUUGUUUUUUGCUGUCCCUUAGAAUUGGAAACAAUCCUGAAAUGCAUAAGAAUUAUUAGAGUUUUUCAACUUGUGUAAGACAUAUGUUUUCAUUGUCUCCUGGCAAUCAAAAUUUACAACUUUGUUAAUGUAAAUCUGUUCGAUUUCAUUUUAUUUGCCUUACAAACAAACAUGUCUUGAAACCCUGUUAUUAAAUACCUCUUAGUAUUGUGCUAAAGUCCAGAAUUGUGCCUUUUGUUUCUAUACAAGAACUGCCAGCUGCAUCAACUAAGGCUGCACUCACAAGAUUUUUUAUAUCAUAAUGGCUUUCUUUGGAUUUUACAACUAAUGGAGGGUAAAUUGUUUAAAACUAUUAAAAUCUGAACAGACGUA